AUGAAGAUACAACCAAGAACAAAGGGAGAAUGGGAAGAUAUGAUAUUUUUCAAAUCAAUUUGGGAAAUUGACAUUUCCGUGACAAUUGCCUCGAUAAGGACGCGUGCCUACAAAACUGUCCGAAGUGUGAAGAUCAAGACGGAGAUUCUCGACGAGAUCGAGGAUUUCUCGGCGAACGAUGAGCUGGAGCCCGUCGAGAUCGACGGGAAAGGGGAGACCCACGGCGGGGCGGGCAAAGCGGUCGGCCGCUGGUUGCCGAAAACGGAAGCCGCCAUGCCGGAUGAAUACGUCGACUUUGAGGAGUACAUCGUGGCGCUGACGAGCGGAAAGCGGCUGCUCUGCAGCGUCUGCAGAAUCGAGUUUCCGGACGAGGCCGGCUUCAAGACACACAUGGUCGGCCACAGCCACGGGAAACUAUUCCAAUGUGGCUUCUGUCGGAAACAGUUUUCGCGAGCGUCUGCCUUGAAAGAUCAUCUACACCUGCACGAGACCUUCAAGGCGUUCUCCUGCAGCCACUGCAAUUUUCGGUUUCAGAAUAAGGAUGAAUUGAAGAGUCACAAAGCGGAGCUACAUUCGGAGCGCAGGCCGUUCGAGUGCAGCGUCUGCAAGAAGAAGCUGCUGCACCGACAGUCGCUGCGCGAUCACAAGCUGAUGCACACGAACGUGAAGCCGUUCGAAUGCUCGAUCUGCAAGAAGAGGUUCCUGCGGCUGAGCAGCCUGAGGGCCCACAUGAUCGUUCACACCGCCGACCUGCCGUUCCAGUGUGACCUCUGCCCUGCGAAGUUCAAACGCGCGUCGGUCCUGAAGACCCACAAACUGACGCACACCGGCGAGAGAAGGUUCGAGUGCGACAUCUGCAAGCGUCGUUUCCACUUGAAAGGCGCUCUGAAACACCAUAUCCUCUCGCACUACGGUGUCCGGCCCUAUAAGUGCGAGGACUGCGGCAAGUGUUACAGAAGGUCCUGGGGCCUAAAGGUGCACAGCUACCGGCACACAGGUGUGAAACGGUUCGAGUGCGACCUCUGCAAGCUGCGCUUCAGCGUGAAGACCAAGCUCGCGAAGCACAUUUACGGGCACAUCGGCGAGAAACCGUACAAAUGUGGCUUCUGCGGCCGCCAAUACGGGGAAAGGUACCAGCUCAAAGCUCACAAAUGUGGCGCAGCAGUUCGGAACGCGUCGAAAACGAAGAUCGAGCAUCGCUUAGCGGAGUCAGCCUCUCAAAUCCGAUUCUACCGACCGAAAUUAUUGAUUCCUGCGAUGAGAAUCGGCAAUAAUAUUAUUGGUACUUGA